UAUGCCGUGAGCUUCCCUCCCAUUCUUAGCUCUGGUGAUAAAGUGUGUCUCUGUGUGGACGGAGCUAACAGUGGGCUAACAUGAAGUGAGUCCCAGCAGCUCGAGUGUGUGUCUUCAGCCUCUGAGCUCGCAGGAAGUGCAGCUCGGGUGCCUCUCCACUCGUCUCAUCAAUGCAGCUUUCAUUCUCCCGUGGUGGGGCAAGAUGGAAGCUGUACAAAAGGACCACUGGUACUUUGUGGUACUUAUCUUUCUCCCUUUUCUCAGAGUUGCUGUCCAGCAGAAAGAGGCCGUCACAGUCCGACUGGAGGAAGGGAUGAUCCUCGGCUGUCUGUGCCCCUGGAGCGGCAACCUCAGCAUGGUGUCCUGGACCAAAAUUCCCGACAAGGUUCCCAUAGCCGUGUUCCAUCCAGAGUACGGCUCGUCCUUCUCUCGCCAACACAUGGAGAGGAUAGAGUUCCUGAGGACCGCGCCCAUGGACGGAAGCAUUUCCAUGAAGAACGUCACCCAUCAGGACAUCGGGAUUUACCACUGCUCAGUUCAGACCUUCCCUGGAGGACCCUGGAUCACGAGCGUACAGGUGGAGGAUUUAGAUGAGCCACCUGAAGAAGGAGAAGAUGAGGAUGCUGAUGAAGAAGGAGGAGAAGACGACAUCGCAGGGCACCCCACCCCAGAGGGGAUUGUGGCGGACGUACAUUUGGUGGCGGAGCUGGACAGCAACCUGACCAUCAGCUGCGACCACAAGCACGACGGCACCGUCUACCAGGCCCUGCUGGAGAGGAUGCCGUCCGGCCAGCCCUGGGGCAUCAUCGGCGUGUGCAAGCAGGUGGACGGGGGCCUGGUGGGCGAGGACUACAGCGACAGGGGGCAGGUCAGCUGUGCCGACAGCCUGGAUGUCAAUCUGCACCUGACGGGUGUGGUGCCGGACGAUAGGGGUUUCUACCGCUGCACCUUCAACACAGAUGCGGGGGUGCGGAUCACCACCGUGCUGCUCACGGUCGUCACUCCAGGUGGAUUCAGCCUGUCUCUGUACAUGAUGUAUAUUUACAUCGGGGCGGGGUGUGCAGGGCUUCUUCUCGUCACAGUCGUCAUCAUACUAGCUUUAAGGCAAAGGAAGAAGAGCAGGAGAGAGGAGUACCGGGUCAAACUGCACCCGUCUCAGAGACAGCCAAACAUCUACGAGAACCAGAACGUGUUUGUGUGUGCGGGGAACACAAAGAGGUCCCGGCAGAAGGGAAGCUGCCCGGUGUACGCCAACCUGCCGACCCCACGAUCCCACAGAACCGGACGUCCGCCUCGUGAUAAAUGAGCAGACGUGAAUAUGAUGCACCGUCAAACUGUGAAUGUGUAGUUUUGAAUCUGGCUCAGAUGCCAGUGUGCUCUCAGGUCUUCCCAAACAAAUCAUUGACUGUGUAUCUAAACAAAACAAAAAGAUAAAGGCAUAUUGACAAGCUCCGAGCACUUCUUCUGAUGAGAUGCAGGCGUCACACUGACAGUGAUUAAUAUUCAUAUUGUGGCUUGACAUGCUUUAACAAGCUGGUGCUCGUGUUUGUCUCAGGGAGCUGACACGUUCGGUUGGGUCCAGCCCUUAAUUAAAUGUAGUAUGUGCCGCGUAAUCACCGCCGAGAAAAUAUCUGUUUUGGGCAAAACAAUAUUUGACAGCAGCCGUCGCGCGGGAAGCGGCAGACAAAAGCCUGUGUAAUCGUUCUGUUCACUUCCAUAACCCCUCAGUAACACGAUUGACAAAAGCCUGUGUAAUUGCUCUCCAUUUACUUUCAUCCCUCCUGCUUUCCAUUCAAAGCCUGACAAUGGCGUCUAAUCAUCUAACAGGAUAGAGAAAGGCAGUCACUCAGCACCAUGUACCAUCACUUGAGACCGCUGCGUUUUCCCAGAGGGCUCUCUGCCGAGGAUGACUGCUUUCUAGUUACAACACGCUCUCAUUAUGAAAGCUAAACUCUAAUUAGCUAAUCCUGUGCUUCUGCCUCCUUCUACUUUUCUGAUUUAUGAAAUGUAAUUCAACUAUUUUCUUAUGAUAAGCUGUCACAAGUUUUCAAAGCUGUAUUUGUUAUUAUAUUUUAUCCUGCCUAUAUAUGCUCUUGUGAAUCAGUAUUUAAUGUUCAUGGUAGUUCUGUGAAACUAUGUGUUGUUUAAUGUGAUUCGUUUAUGUCCAUAGAAAUGGAGGCAGUGGCAGUAAUGGAUAUGCGGACUAUUCCGCUAGGAAACCAAAUGUGGACAAGUUAGACAUGUCAACAUAAAGGGACAAUAUGGUGUUGGAAUCACAUGGUUUUUUUUUCUUUUCUUGCUGUUCCUGAUUUAAAAAAUGUCAAUUUCAGUGUUAUACAUGUGACACAUCGUGUGCGUGACCAGCAUUACUGAAGCCGAUGUGUGUAACUGCUAAUGACUUCCUGUGAUAUAAAAUAAAAGGUGUCAUAGCCACAGA